UUCCAUAACAUCUGUUGCUUUUACUUACGCAUUUAUUAUUUUUAGAUUCUAAAGAACAUGGCUCGCAGUAAUGUUAUCAUCAUUGAAGAUGAUAAUGAAGAUGAUGAAAUCUUUGUUAUUAAUUCGGCUACCCAAUUUCAAGCAUGUUCAUCAUCCAAGAAACCAUUACUACUAAAUAAAAAAAGAAAAAGAGAAAGUAAAACACUGUAUAGCUUCUGUGGCAUUUGCAUGGACACAAAGACAGCCUCUGAGAUGUUUGACAACACCGGCAUUUGUAACCAUCUCUUUUGCUCAGACUGCAUCAGGCAACACGUAGCGGUUAAAAUCAAGGAGAACUUGACAAAGGUUAAGUGCCCAGACCCUAGUUGCAAAGGGGUGAUAGGGCCGGAAGCAUGUCGGUCCAUUGUUCCAAAGGAAGUGUUGGAAAGAUGGGAGAGCAUUCUUUGUGAGUCUGUCAUCAUGGAGUCUCAGAAGUUCUACUGCCCCUUUAAGGACUGUUCUGCAAUGUUGGUGGAUGACGGUGGGGUCGUUGUAACGCAAUCAGAAUGCCCGAAUUGCAAUCGCCUGUUUUGCGCGCAGUGUAAGGUUGCAUGGCAUUGUGGGAUCAGUUGUGUUGAGUUUCAAAGCUUGAAAAAGGACGAGAGAAAUCCAAAUGAUAUCUUGUUAAUGAAUCUUGCAAAGGAAAAAAGAUGGAAGAGGUGCCCAAACUGCAAGCGUUUUGUGGAAAAAGUUAGUGGUUGCAACUACAUAGCUUGCAGGUGUGGGAAAGGUUUCCAAUACAACAUAUCCUAAAAUUAAAAAGUCAUAAGAAGGCUAUCAAACGGACUCUGGUUGACCUCAUUCAAGCGGCAUUGGAACCGUCUUAUCGAACUCCGCGAUAUGAGAUUUUAGGGUUUUGCUUGUAGAUUUUAGAAUU